GCAGUUAGCUCCAUACCUAGCUGACCUAGAUUGAAGCGGUAGGGGGGUUACAUCACACUGAGUGCAAUACAGUGUCACUUUAUAGCACGGAAAAAAUAUUUUUUUUCCCCGUGAAAUACGUUUGCGAAGUGUACUCCGCUAGACAAACAAACAGCCUCGUCCGAGCCGGAACCUCCUUUUAAAACGCCGUGACUCGACGGAUUUCUUUCCUCGUAAAGGACACCAGUGAGCAGCUAUGUCCUGCACGUGUUCUGCAGCCGCGAGACUGCUAAUGAAUUCCGCUCAUAAAGGAAUCUCCUGCUCUCGGAUGCACUUAUAUACAUUGACCAGAGCAGGGGCACAAGAAGUUCACUUGGCAAGGAGACUGCCUGUCCGGUCGUUUUCAGAGACAGCUGUGUAUUUUGCAUCAAAGGAUAGCUCAGCUAAAGAUGGUCCUGGAGAUGGGGGAAAGAAAUCCGUUGGCGAAGGCAGUGGGAAAAGGUCCACAGGAUCUGGAAAUUCAGGAAAAGGAGGAAAUCAUCUGCACUGUCCUAAGUGUGGGGACCCAUGCACUCAUGUGGAAACCUUUGUCUCCUCAACCCGCUUCGUGAAAUGUGAAAAAUGCCACCACUUUUUUGUGGUGCUGUCAGAGACCGACUCGAAGAAGAGUUUAAACAAAGAGCCAGAAUCGGCUGCGGAAGCUGUGAAGUUGGCUUUUCAGCAGAAACCCCCUCCCCCCCCAAAAAAGAUCUACGCCUACCUCGAUAAGUAUGUCGUUGGCCAGUCGUAUGCGAAGAAAGUGCUUUCGGUUGCUGUGUACAAUCACUACAAACGAAUUUACAACAAUAUCCCUACCAGCAUGAGACCGCAGGCAGAAGUGGAGAAGCAGGCCUCUCUCACACCACGAGAACUAGAAAUAAGAAGACGGGAGGAUGAAUACAGAUUUACAAAGUUGCUGCAGAUUGCUGGGAUCAGUCCACAUGGCAACGCCCUGGGGGCAUCCAUGCAGCAGCAGGUGAACCAGCAGAGCCCUCAGGAGAAGCGAGGAGUUGAGGUGCUGGAUUCGAACAACGAUGAGAUUAAACUGGAAAAAAGCAACAUCCUGCUGCUUGGCCCAACUGGAUCAGGUAAAACUCUGCUGGCUCAGACCCUCGCAAAAUGCCUCGAUGUCCCUUUUGCAAUUUGUGACUGCACUACACUGACUCAGGCAGGAUAUGUGGGGGAAGACAUUGAGUCUGUCAUCGCCAAGCUGCUGCAGGACGCUAACUACGCUGUUGAAAAAGCACAGCAAGGAAUUGUCUUCUUGGAUGAGGUUGACAAGAUCGGCAGCGUGCCGGGAAUUCACCAGCUGCGAGAUGUGGGUGGGGAAGGCGUUCAGCAGGGUCUUCUGAAGCUCCUGGAGGGCACCAUUGUUAAUGUUCCAGAAAAAAACUCAAGGAAACUGAGAGGAGAAACUGUGCAAGUGGAUACUACCAAUAUCCUGUUUGUGGCUUCAGGUGCCUUCAAUGGAUUGGAUAGGAUCAUCAGCAGAAGGAAAAACGAGAAGUACCUGGGGUUCGGCAUACCGUCCAACCUGGGGAAGGGCCGCAGGGCUGCGGCGGCUGCCGACCUGGCCAACGCCAGCGGAGAAGGAGGCACCGUGCAGGAAAUCGAGGAGAAGGACCGGCUGCUCCGCCUCGUGGAGGCCCGGGACCUGAUCGAGUUCGGCAUGAUCCCGGAGUUUGUGGGGCGUCUGCCAGUGGUGGUGCCUUUGCACAGCCUGGAUGAGGACACGCUGGUGCGAAUUCUGACCGAGCCUCGCAAUGCCGUGGUUCCCCAGUACCAGGCGCUGUUCAGCAUGGACAAGUGUGAACUCAGUGUAACCCAGGGUGCUUUGAGGGCCAUAGCCAGGCUGGCUUUGGAGAGGAAGACGGGCGCUCGUGGGCUGAGAUCUAUCAUGGAGAAACUGCUGCUGGAGCCCAUGUUUGAAGUGCCAAAUUCGAACAUAAUGGCUGUGGAACUGAGCAAAGAAGUGGUGGAAGGGAAAUCUCUGCCCCGGUACAUCAGGGCACCAGCUAAAGACCCCUCUGAAGAGGAGUACGACUCAGGAGUGGAGGAAGAAAGCUGGCCGCGACAGGCAGAUGCGGCCAACAAUUAAAGUGUUGCGGUUUAUUUUCAGAAACGUUUUCUCAAAUAAUAAAACACGGAAUCUUAUCCUUUAUUCAAAUAAGCUGUGGAUCUUAUGAAAUCCAUUAUUCGGAACUGUUAAAACAGGAUGUCAGUGGAGAGAGGCCUGAUGUCUACAUUGGAAAGUGAUUAUGUACAGCCAGGGUGUUUGUAUAAUAGUGGUUUGUACAAUGAACGUUUUGCUUCACAAAAAAAAACUAAGAUAGUUUUCCAGGUAUAUUGGAACAAAACAUUGCUUUAAUAUUUGAACACUCUUAUUUCCUGCAAAAGUAUUCUUAUAAUACAAGGUGCGUUAAUUAUCUGAACUUUAUAAAUUUCCUAAUAUUGGGGUGAGGGGGCUAAGGUGUUUGUCUAUAUUAAGGAUCCUUGCAUUUUAUUCUUGCUAUGUUACAUAAGUAUUAUUCUGGUUUCAAAGUAUAUUGGUUGAAAUGGUUUGGGAACCAAACAGAUGACAAUGGGAUCAUGAAUCUUAAAACAAUUAGGUAGUUCUUCCAUAUUGCCAAGAAUUAGGAUAAUUUAGGCUAACCUAUCUUUCUCAUUCGUGCAUGGAAUCCCACAACCAAAUUCAAAAUCCCUUUUUUUUAAGAAAUCUUAGCUGAUAAGCUGUUCAGUUGAAGCCAGGUUGCAAAUAUCAUGCGGUUCAUUUCAGUUCUAUUUCAAAAGUGGAGUCUUUUGUGGUCACCAAUGUUCAAUGACCAUUCACACAUUUCUCAAACUGUAUUUUUUUAAUUUUUUUUUUAUUUAAACCAGAACAUUUUAUGGGGUGAAAUAUUAGUCAUUUUAUAGUUGUUGAAAGAAUUAAAUUCCUAUAAAAACUGCUGCAAGAAGGGAUUUUUCUUGUAUUUGUAUCAUAUAAGAGGUGAUUGUGUGCUGGUUAAGCUGCACAUUGUGAAACGAGUAGCUUGAUAAGCUCAGCGAAGUUUAAAGAUCUGGGUCCUGUUCUCUCUAUUGAACUGCUUGCCAGUCUUCUGGGAUGUCCGUCUUGGCUUCUUUGUGAAGGAUAGGACUUUCAUGGACAUCAGCCACUAGACCUUUAUCCCUGUCCCCAGGAAUGUCCUGCUGUGUUGGCUGAGUUCUGUUUGCUGAUUUUAGAUAAAGCUUCAAGUGGAAGAAAAACUGAAGCAUAUGAAGCUUUUUAGUAAUGUUUAAGUUUUAAAAUGCACCCUUUCUCCCUGAUAUUUGCAGGGUAAACUUUUGCCCAAAAUUCCUUUGUAAAAAAAAAAAUGAUUUGUAGAUGUGAUUGUUUAAAUAUAUAAAUAAAAAAUGUACAUACA